GUCUCCGAAACGCCUCAACAGCGAGAGCCGCCGCGGUCAGAAAGAAUCCUCGGGAGCUGCUGGCUCCGUCCGCCCUGCCAUCAUGGGGACUGUGCUGGGCGUCUGCUCCCUCGCCAGCUGGGUCCCGUGCCUUUGCAGUGGUGCAUCAUGCUUGCUGUGUCGUUGCUGUCCCAACACCGAAAACUCCUUUGUGACUCGCCUCAUAUAUGCUUUCCUAGUCCUCUUGGGCACUGCCACCUGUUUCAUCAUGCGCACUGGAACCCUGAACGCUCAGCUGAAGAAGAUCCCUGGAUUCUGUGAAGGAGGAUUUAAAAUCAAUUCAACUGAGAUGAUGACAGAUAAAAGUUGUGACGUGCUGGUGGAUUAUAAAGCUGUCUACCGAAUCAACUUUGCUUUGGCCAUCUUCUUCUUUGUGUUUUUUCUGCUUAUGUUAAAUGUUAAAACAAGUAAAGACCCCAGAGCAGCAGUACAUAAUGGGUUUUGGUUCUUCAAAAUUGCCGCUAUCAUUGGUAUCAUGGUUGGUUCUUUCUACAUUCCUGGAGGCCAUUUUACCACAGCCUGGUUUGUUAUUGGUAUAAUUGGGGCCAUCUUAUUCAUUCUCAUCCAGCUGGUACUGUUGGUUGACUUUGCUCACUCUUGGAAUGAAAGCUGGGUAAAUCGAAUGGAAGAGGGAAACUCAAGAUGCUGGUAUGCUGCUUUACUGUCCUCCACCAGCAUUUUCUACAUUAUUUCAAUUGUGGAGAUUGCUUUGCUCUAUGCAUACUACACCAAACCAGAUGGCUGCACAGAGAACAAGUUCUUCAUCAGUAUUAAUCUCAUCCUUUGUGUUGUCAUUUCCGUUCUAUCCAUCCUCCCUAAAAUCCAGGAACUUCAGCCUCGUUCAGGCCUCCUGCAGUCUUCUAUCAUUACCUUUUACACCAUGUACUUAACAUGGUCAGCCAUCAACAAUGGAUCUGAUCAUCACUGCAACCCUGGCCUGUUGAACAUAAUCACACAAAUGUACACACCUCGCAACAACACCACUCCCGUCCCCACCAAGAUUCCGCUGACCAACAAAGACCAUUCCCUGGAUUCAGAGAGCUAUGUUGGACUGAUUGUUUUUGUUUUCUGCCUUCUGUAUUCGAGUUUCCGUAAUUCUAGCAACAGUCAAGUCAGUAAGCUGACCCUGUCAGGAAGUGAUAGCGUAAUCCUCAAUGACACGGCAGUCAAUGGCGCUGGUGAUGAGGAAGAUGGACAUCCUCGGCGGGUUCUGGACAAUGAGAAAGACGGAGUGAAGUACAGCUAUGCUGCCUUCCACUUCAUGCUCUGCUUGGCUUCCUUAUACAUCAUGUUGACAUUGACUAACUGGUACAGCCCUGAUGCAGAGUUUCAGAGUGUGACCAGCAAGUGGCCAGUAGUGUGGGUCAAGAUGGCCUCCAGCUGGGUCUGCUUAGCCGUGUAUGUCUGGACCCUUGUGGCACCACUUCUCUGCCCCAAUCGAGACUUCAGCUGAACCUCUGAAGGUUGCACCAAGGUUUCAUUGACUGAAAGCCCACAUGCUUCUUAUCUUCGUUUCACUAAAAAUUUAAGCAAAUGCUUAGCAAUGACUGUAUCCAGCUUACUAUCACAGUGCAGGAGUAAUAUGCUUGAUGCAGGACCUGAAAAUGUAACUUAUAUGUAUAUGAUGUUCAUUUGUAAGGAUUUAUUGCAGAGAGAAGAUUUUUGCAUUUUAAAGUGAUUACAGCUGUGCUGUCAUGGGAGUUCUUUAUUAAGAUCUAUAGGAUCGUAAAACUUUGAUUUAAAAUGUAAGAUAUAAAAAUGUUAGAUAUUUGAGGCCAUCAGUAAUAUAUUUAUAUUGCAUAUCCUUAAAAGGCAAAAAAGAAAAGCAUUUCUAUGACAAUUUCCUCUGUGAAGAUCUUGAUAUGUCAUAUAACUCUGUUUAUUCCCUAAAUGCUUGAGGUCAUAGUAUUGGGGGACAGAGGAUAUGCAUCGGUUCUACAGAAGGAGGGGGUUGAAGAAAUGGCAUCUGCUUUUAUGUCUAGAGAGUUUUAUUUACAUUUUUCUACUACAGCAAGUGAUGCUACUAGAUUCAGGUCAUGGCUUUGCCAGAAAUGUUACUAUUAAUACAUGCUUUAUAGGUUUGGUAAGAUGAUUCACUUGGCAAAGCAUUACACCUUUGAUGUGUGUAAUUAUCUUGUUAUAAGUAUGUACAUGUAAAAUGCAUGUGAAUCAUUAUAUUUGCACUAUGAAGGUAUUUGAUUAAAAUUGAAAGACUUAA